AUGAGCUGCCUAAGGCUUUCGGCGGAGCUUCUCCGCGCCUCUGUAGGGAGGCUCAGCCCAGCAGCACCAGCAGCAGCAGCAGCAGCAGCAAAAGCUGCGAGCACUCCUUGCCGACUGCUGUCCUCCGCAGCCGCAGGAGCUGCUGCCUCAGAAUCAGCACCAGCAGCGGCGGCGUUGCCAGCAGCAGCAACUGCAGCAGCAGCAACAGCAACAGCAGCAGCAGACUCACGAAAGCCAUGCAGCCACAAGGGAGGCCCCCCAACCAGGGGGCCCCUGCAGCAAAUGGAAGGCCGAUUUAUGGCAGCAAACAAGCCGUGGCAAAAGGGGCAGCACCAAGUGGAGCAGCAGCAGCUGCAGCAGCAGCAGCAGGUGCAGCACUGGCGGCACCAGCAGCACCACUGGCAGCAGCAGCAGCAGCAGCAGCUGCAGCAGCUGGAGCAGCAGCAGCAGGGCCGUCGCGCCUAUCUGCCUGCAGACGAUCCUUGGUACAGUGCGCCUUCGAGCCCGCUGCCCCCUCCGCCGCAGCAGCAGCAACCGCAGCAGCAGCAACUGCAGCAGCAGCAGCAGCACUGGCGACCUGCAGCAGCAGCAGCAGCAGCAGCAGCAGAAAAUAACCCAGGGGGCGCCGGCGCCGGCCUGCGGCCUAUCGACUGGAGCCGCCGCUCUUUGCCUCCAAUCUACCCCGUGUCACCUGCUGCCCCAGCAGCAGCAGCAGCAGCAGCAGCAGCAGGGCCCCGCUGCUGCGCGGACCCCUCCGCAGCAGCAGCAGCAGCAGCAGAUCUUGCUGCACUGGGGGUGAAGCUGGAGGGGCAGCCUCCGCUGCCGCGGCUGGUGUCUUCUCUGUCUGACCCUGCGCUGCCGCUGCUGCUGCAGCAGGCGCUGCAGCUGCUGCAGCUAACUAAGCCUUCGCCAGUGCAGCAAAUUGGCUGGCCUUGCUGCUUCUCAGGAAGAGAUUUAAUAGCCAUUGCGCAGACAGGCAGCGGCAAAACUCUGGGAUUUUUGCUGCCUGCGCUGAUGCACGUUGUGCAGCAGCAGCAGCAGCAGCAGCUGCAGCAGCAGCAGCAGCCCACGGUGCUGGUGCUAGGGCCCACGAGGGAGCUGGUGGUGCAGAUACACUCCGAGUGCCAGCGCCUCCUGCGAGCAGCAGCAGCAGCAGCAGCAGCCGAGAGAACUGCAGCAGCAGCAGCAGCAGCAGAUUCAGCAGCAGCAGCAGCAGCAAAAGCGCUGCUGCAGCUGCGCAGCGUCUGCGUCUAUGGAGGGGCCCCACGGCAGCAGCAAAUAAUCAAUUUGAGAAAAGGCGCUGAAGUUGUUGUUGCCACUCCUGGCAGACUGCUGGACCUGCUGGAUGCUGCUGCUGUGGAUUUAAGUGGAGUGUCUUUUGUUGUUCUCGACGAAGCAGACAGAAUGAUGGACAUGGGCUUCGAGCCCCAGGUUAGAAAAGUGCUGAGCCAGAUCCGCCCUGACCGCCAAAUGCUGCUGUGGUCCGCCACGUGGCCAGCGGAGGUUAGUGCACAAACUGCAGCAGCAGCAGCAGCAGCAGCUGCUGCUGCUGCAGUAGCAGCAGCAACAGGGACGGCGGCAACAGUGGCAGCUGCAGCGGUGCAGGGCCUGGCUGGGGACUUUUGCGUCAAAGAUGUCAUUAAAGUUCAAAUUGGAGAUGGCGAGCUGCAGGCCAACCCCGACAUACAGCAGACCAAAGCAAGUGAGGGAGUGCAGCAGCAGCAAGGGCAGCAGCAGCAGCAGAGCAGCAGCUGCAGUAGCAACAUCAGCACCAGUGUGAUCAGCAUCGUCAGCACAGCAGCAGCAGUAGCAAACGCAGCAGCAAAGCAGCUGAGUGUGUAUGCAGCUGGUGGAGGUGCUGCCGUCUCGGGAGCUGCACCAACGCUGCCUCGAAUUGCUGCAGCAGCACCAGCAGCAGCAGCAGCAGCAGGCGCAGCAGCAGCAGCAGGUAGGCAAAGCUCUUGUCUUCUGCGAAACCAAACGAGAAGCAGAACAAAUAGCCAGAGAACUCAAGUACGCGGGCAUUAA